ACGAGUUAGUCGAAGAUGAAAUCUUUGAAAAGUAUUAUCAAAGGUGAGCAAUUAGUGCGUGAGUCUGAGCACUUGCUGCAGACAAUUAGCAGCGAAGCAAAUGCCGCACUGCGCCAAGCCAACUCAGAGCUGGGUGCGUGUAUAGACGAAUUCCGUGAAAUGUCGCUGCAGGUAUCGAAGGAUGUUAAUCAAUUGCAAGAUACUGUGAUGGCGUUGUUCCAAGCGCGUUAUAAUCCCAUUAAGAUAUGCGAUUUUCUGCUGGAAAACUGUUUAGAGCCACUAAUUUUGAAGCCAGUUUCAUUGGACUACAGCGAAGAAAAUCCCGAACAUGUGCGAUUGACACUUUCAUACUCGUUAAAAGAAAUGAGUCGAAGCUUACGUCCUUCCUACAAGAAAGGCUUUGAAAAUAUUAAGCUGGUUUUGAAUUGUUUAGCCAACAUAAAUGUUUCAGUAUCCAAUGAUCAACAACAUAACAACAUAAUGCAUAAGGACUUGCAAGAUAUGGCAUUAAUUGCUGAAAAGAAUUCCGCGGAAGAUGUAGCUAAAAAUCCCUUUCUAUUUCCUUGCUGUAUGGUCUCGAAGGGCACACUGGAAUUGAUUAAGUUGAUGGAGCGCAUACUUCGCCAAUCACAUGAUACAGAAGAUGAAAGUCUGUUAAACGUUAUCUGCGUCAUAUUGAUUUCGUAUGUUGGCGAAGUGCCGAAGAUACAUGAGAAGCUUCUAGAAAGCAUACCACAGCAAUCUGCUCUGUUCUAUAAUAAUUGCCAAUUUUUAGCACAUUGGGUGACCACGAAUUCAGAAAAGGGCAUACCCACAUACCCAGGAUUGGUUAAGACCCUACAUAUGAGUGGAAGAAAAUAUUUGAAUGUACAAAUCAAUUAUCAGCAAAAGAUUAUCAUGGGCAUACUCAAAGAAUUUGAUAUUUCCGAUGCACACACAGUUGGCACUGCGCCGUUGAAAUUAUUGCGCCAGUGUUUGCGUCAAUUAGAUUUGUUGAAAAAUGUUUGGCAGAAUGUGUUACCCGAUGCAAUUUAUAACAAGACAUUUUGCGAUAUUAUACAUGAUUUUUGUAAUGAAAUAAUACGACGUAUACUCGCAAUGGAGGACAUUUCGGCAACAGUGGCAAGUGAGUUGAGUGAGCUAAUCGGUGUCAUAUUGGAGAAGGUGCCAACUUUAUUCAAGCACAAACAUGAAGUGAUACAUAUUAAAUCUUGGAUGAAACUUGAGCAAUUGAAAAUGAUACUGAAUUAUUCGUUGCAAGAAAUCACCGAGCAGUGGUGUGAAGGUGCCGGUAUUUUAACGGCAAACUAUAAGGCAGAAGAAAUUAAGCAUCUCAUACGAGCACUUUUCCAAAAUACCGAUCGGCGCGCCAAGGCAUUAACGAAAAUUGUCUAAACAAGAUACACUGCGUUUUUUCUGGUAGUAUAAGAUUUUUAUUCUAAAAUUUUGAAAUAGUUAUUAAAUAAUAGGUAUGUUUUUCUGAAAUAUUUCUGAUAAAAGUUUUCGUUGCAUUCGCUAUUUUUUUGGUAAUAUUCGCAAUGUUUACAUGCCUUCAAGCAAGAAUUGUGCACAGAUAAUGAACGACGACUCAUCCAUCCAUUCUAUUAUCGGCGAUCAUAUCUGGGAAAAUACAAAAGCACAAAGUUUUUCAUAAGUUAUUUAUAAAUGAUGUUUUUAAUGGUUUAAUUGGAAGAUUGCAAUAAAAAACUUAUUUAUGUACGUA